CGCCAUCCCGUGGUGCCGCGCGGCGGUGGCGGGCGGAGCGGGGCCAUGGCGGCGCCGGCGGGCUCGCUGGUGGCGGCCGUGCUGGCGCACUCGGGCCGCCUCGACAAGGAGGACUUGAGCACCCGCAUCGGGCGGCUCUCCCGGCGGGUGGAGGAGCUGAAGGGAGAAGUCUGCAACAUGAUCAACAAGAAGUACAGCGAGUUCCUGCCCAGCAUGCAGAGCGCUGAGGACCUGGUGUCGCAAGUGGACAGGCUGUCCAGCAACAUCGACCUGCUGAAAGCGGGCAUUGAGAACGAGGUUCAGCGAGAUCUAAAUGUUGCUGUUGCUGAAUUUACUGAAUUGAAGCAGCAGUUGGAGCGAGACACACUGGUUCUGAGUAUUCUGAAAAAGCUACAGGAGUUUGAUACAGCUAUUAAAGAGUACAAUACUGCAUUGCUGGAAAAGAAGUACGUUGCAGCAGCUCACCAAUUGGACAAGGCACGAAGCUGCCUGAAAAUGCUGGAAUCCCGCAAGGGCUUUGAGCUGAAGAUCCUGAAAGCACUAGGCGUGGAGCUCACAGUGCAGACACAGAACAUGCUCUAUCAUCUAGGAGAAGAAUGGCAGAAAUUGGCUACGUGGAAGCUUCCUCCUUCAAAAGAAAGCAGCAGCCUGGAGUCAGUGAUGCAUUCAGAACUGCACUUACGCACAGUGCCACCAAAAGGGGAGGACAUUGCUGGCCCACCUCUUGCUUCCGUGCUGCAGGCAUUUGCUGUCCUAGGAGAACUGCACACCAAGCUUAAAAUUUUUGGCCAGUUGUUGCUGAAAUACAUCCUCAAGCCGCUGAUUUCAUACCCAUCUCUUCAGCCACUUACAGAGGAACAGUCAGAUGUGUUCGUCCUACGUUUUAAGUCUGAGGAGCCUAGUUUGGAUCAUUCCUCUCCAAUGGAGGUUUUUGACAAGAUCAAGCUUAUUUUUGAAGUUCUCCACAAGUAUCUGCUGAAUGUGCCUCUUGACCAGCCUGUGGAAGAUAAAAAGGAGCACAGAGUUACGCUUGCACAGCUGCUAGGUGAUAUGAUAUGGGAAGAGUUAUCAGACUGCCUCAUUCAGAACUGCCUGGUGAAUUCAAUCCCCACCAAUAGCAGCAAACUAGAGCAGUAUAUAGAGGUGAUUAAAUCCACAGAGGAAUUUGAAGAAGCCUUGAAGAACAUGCAGUUCUUAAAAGGAGACACGACUGAUUUACUGAAAUAUGCCCGUAAUGUCAAUUCCCACUUUGCUAACAAGAAGUGCCAGGAUGUGAUUGUGGCAGCCAGAAAUCUGAUGACGUCAGAAAUACACAAUACCGUAAAGAUCACACCUGAUUCAUCUGUAGCCCUACCAAAGCUUCCUCAUCCUGCGGCAGGAGAUCACUUAAAAAUGCAAGAGACUUCUAAACUUCUGCGUAACGACACGGAGAAUUUGGAGAAUGAGACUAAGCUGAGCCAGUACACGUUCUCUCUGCCCUCGUGCCGCAUCAGUUCAUCAGUGGAGAAACUGAUGGAGCUGGCUUAUCAGACGCUGUUGGAGGCUACAGCCAGCACAGAUCAGUGCUGUAUACAGCUCUUCUACUCAGUACGGAAUAUAUUCCAGCUCUUCUAUGAUGUAGUACCAACAUACCACAAAAGAGCAAUGAAGUCUGAAAAUCUGGUACCUGGUUUUAGGAGACUUGGGAUGGAGUGUUUUCUGGCCCAGAUGCGAGUGCAGAAAGGAGAAAUCCUGGAGAGGCUGUCAAGUGCCAGAAAUUUUUCUAAUAUGGAUGAUGAGGAAAAUUACUGUGCAGCAAACAAAGCAAUCAGGCAGGUAUUGCAUCAGUUGAAAAGACUGGGCAAAGUCUGGCAGGAUGUCCUCCCAGUGAACGUGUACUGCAAGGCCAUGGGGACAUUACUGAACACAGCCCUCUCGGAGAUUGUCACCAGGAUUGCCGCCCUAGAGGAUAUCUCUGCGGAAGAUGCAGAUAGGUUGUACUCCCUCUGUAAGACCAUGGUGGAGGAGGGACCCCAAGUUUUCACCCCGCUACCUGAAGACGACAAAAAUAAGAAAUACCAAGAGGAAGUUCCAGUCUAUGUGCAGAAAUGGAUGAUGUUCAAGGAGCUGAUGAUCAUCUUGCAAGCCAACCUCCAAGAAAUAGUGGAUCAGUGGGCAGAUGGGAAGGGGCCUCUUGCGGCUGAAUUCUCUGCAGCUGAAGUGAAGAGUCUGAUCCGAGCCCUGUUCCAGAACACGGAAAGGAGAGCAGCAGCACUGGCCAAAAUUAAGUAACUGUGUCUACACCUACACGUGGCAUCUUCUGACAAAACAAAAGCAAACUGAGUCUUUCAAAUAUAUUUUUGGUUUGAUCCUUCUUAUUUGUACUGGUAUAAAAAAAGCUUAGCAUUAGGUAAAUGGUUCCAGGAGGCUUCACUGAGGGAGAAGAAACAUUUCCUGGCUCUACGUUUGUAGGGCAAAGAAGAUGGCUCUGUGAGUCUGGGACCAGAAAAUCAAAGGUGGGCAACACGUGGACACUAACUGCUGCUGCUCCCUCUGCCAGGCAGGUGGAGUUUGGCCUUGAAAAUUCAGUCUCCCGCCAUGCUCCCCAGAGGUGUUCUGCCCAGACCCAAGUUUUCCUUCAUGAACCGGUGGGUGCGCAGUCCUGGUGAAGGAGAGAUGCUUUUUUUGAUGUUUGCUCAUUUCCUUUCUCUAGGAUUUCAUCUUACUGUUAAGCCCAGCCUAGGGAAAUAUAUCAAAUCUUGUUUCCAAUAUGUCUUUGUGAGAACAGGCACUGCUGUCAGAUGGGCCUCUCAUGCAAGGCCCGUAUAAUGUCAGCUCAAGCUUGCUUGCUUAAGGGUCAUGUAGAGGGAUUUUGAUUUCUCGGUAGUGAGUUUUAUCUAUGCAGUUUUACAUCAGAGGGCAUGUAGCCCCUUUGUAUCUUACCUCUUCUGUCCCUGCAAAUUACAUAUGAAACCCAGAGGUUUUGAUAGCUUUUGAUAUCCCCCUGAGAAUGCUCAAGUGCCAAACUGUGCUUUUUCCCACCUCAGGUUUCCCUGAAGAGCAGACUUCAAGAGAGCAAAAAUUUGGCAGGGGAGGGGAGGGAGAGGGGAUCCUCUUCUGAGUGCACUGUUUAUCAAGUCGCAGGGUUUUGCACAUGUAGCAAAACUGGCUGUGGCUUUAUUUCUCACAAAAGUAUCUUAAAACUGACUUAGAAUUUUUCAACCGCCCUCCACCAACUGUAGAAGCCAGUUCAGCUCCUUCCUUUACUUUUUUGUUCUAUGUGAACGAGGUAGGUCUGGCGUCUGUUGUCUUUAUGGUAGUACAUUUUCUCUCCUUUAAGAAUGAUGAGAGCGAUGUAAAUGCAUAUAAAAAGGGAAUGAAGUUUGGACUCAUAGCGUUAUCAUUGAAGUUACAAAAGGCUAUGCUGGAGACUGAGAAAUGUACCUUUUUUUUAAUGGAAAAACUCACCAAGAGCGUUCAUUAAAAACAUUGCCCAGAGGCCAAGACGUGCCAGUUGCUGCACACAUGGAAAAAAGUAUUUCCUACCGUGUGGUGCUUUUAACCUGCUUACAGAAGUUGCAAUCGCAGAGCUCAGUGUUCUAUUUUGUCAUCGACCGUUGGAUCCUUUUCAUCUGCACUUCUGUCUGGCGUCUGUUCACAUGUCCAAGCGUUUGUGCAGGGCCUGGAUCACAGCUGCCUUUCACGUUGCACCCAAGUCACUGCAGCCCUGCAUGGCCAUUCUGCCUGCUGGGUCAGCUGAGCAGAGCCAUGGCAUGGGGUGAGGAGACCCUUCUGUUUCUGGCUUUAACUGGCAUAGAGAGUGGGCAACUGCAGCCAAAUUGGCAGUUAGACUCUGAGUCCAGCACGUGGGAGUGCAGCAAGAAAGGGAGAUACUGAAGCAAAAUCUGACUGCCACUUAAAACUAGCUUUUUCUUUUCUUCCCCUCCCCAGUAAUUUACCUGAAGGCUGAGAGUGUUCCCAUAACGCUUGCAUCUCAUGGGAUCUCCUGCCGCUUUACCCAUGGCAAUCUGAAAAAACACCACUUCUCCCAUGUGGAUCGUUCACAGAAAUGUAAUUUGCUAUUUUCUUUAAUAAACUAUUUAUACGGAG